UCUCUCCGGACCCUGCAUUCACUAUAUCUGGUCUCCCCGGACCCUGUAUUCAUUAUAUCUGGUCUCUCCAGACCCUGCAUUCACUAUAUCUGGUCUCCCCGGACCCUGCAUUCACUAUAUCUGGUCUCCUCAGACCCUGCAUUCACUAUAUCUGGUCUCCCCGGACCCUGCAUUCACUAUAUCUGGUCUCCCCGGACCCUGCAUUCACUAUAUCAGGUCUCCCCAGACCCUGCAUUUACUAUAUCUGGUCUCCCCGGACCCUGCAUUCACUAUAUCUGGUCUCCUGGACCCUGCAUUCACUAUAUCUGGUCUCCCAGGACCCUGCAUUCACUAUAUCUGGUCUCUCCGGACCCUGCAUUCACUAUAUCUGGUCUCCCCGGACCCUGUAUUCACUAUAUCUGGUCUCUCCGGACCCUGCAUUCA